AUGGGGUUGUGUAUUUCAUGUAUUUAUGGAAACACCAAUGAGGAAGAAGAUGACGAGACAACUUCGCUACUAGGGAGACGCCAUCAAAAUCAAAGCACAGAGUGUUUACAACAAGAAGAGAUAUUGAAACAGCAAAAAAGACAUCAAGAACUAACUGCAAUUGUAAAUGAUUUGUCGGACAAACUAAUUGAUGUCACAUCAUUUUUAAAUGAUAGCACGGGAUCAAAACUGAUAAGCUCCCCAAGUUUAACACAACAGACCCAAAUUGGCGCAACGUAUACAAAUGGCAGUGUGUCUAUCCAUGGCAGUACUGGAAAUUUAAACAUGAGUGAAAUGUUAGGAGAUGAAUCCCAACUAAAACAGUAUCUCCAUGUGUAUAAUACGAGCGAGAGAGAUUUAGUGAUUGAGAAAACAGCAAAGUUGGAUGACUCUAUACGUCAAGCAUGUCGCGUGACUGUAUCUGAGCCUCUAUAUUUGAUAUUUUAA